UACUUCCUGCUGUCUUGCGCAAACUCAAAUCGUUGUAGUAUGCGGAUUUCGAAGCUAACUCGGCUAGCUAGCUUCUUCUGCUAAAAACAAGCUCGUUGUUGUGACGCUUCCGACGGCUAAAAUGUCUAAAACGCAGCCCCAGCCCCCGUUAUCAUCAGGAGCGACGUCCACCGGGCCACACUCGUCGUCCUCUUCGUCUUCAUCCGCUGGGGGCUCGACAUCUCCCGCAACCGUGUUGAACAUUCAGCCCGAGAAACCGCAGCAUUACACAUACCUAAAGGAGUUCAGAACAGAGCAAUGUCCCCUGUUUGUACAACAUAAAUGUACACAACACAGACCCUUUUCUUGUUUCCACUGGCACUUCUUGAACCAGCGGCGCCGCCGGCCCAUGCGCAAACGGGACGGGACCUUCAACUACAGCCCAGAUGUUUACUGUACCAAAUACGACGAGGGAUCGGGAACCUGUCCUGAUGGAGACGAGUGUGCAUUUUUACAUCGGACAGCAGGUGACACAGAGCGAAGAUAUCACCUGCGCUACUAUAAGACAGGCUCAUGUAUCCAUGAAACAGACACAAAAGGCCACUGCAGCAAGAACGGCUCCCAUUGUGCCUUUGCGCACGGGUCACAUGACUUGCGCAGCCCUGUGUAUGAUAUCAGGGAAGUGCAAGUUAUUGAGUCGCAAGGUGGCUCGGGACCCACAGAAGGACCUGGUGGAGAUGCACAGUCAGGCCAGGCAGCAAGUACGGCCCUCAUAGAGAAGAUACUGAGUGAGGAACCACGCUGGCAAGACAACAACUACGUGCUGUCCCACUACAAGACAGAGCUCUGUAAGAAGCCACCUCGCCUGUGUCGUCAAGGUUACGCCUGUCCAUAUUACCAUAACAGCAAAGACAGGCGGCGGAGCCCGCACAAGCACAAAUACAGAGCGUUGCCGUGUCCAGCUGUGAAGCAGAGUGAGGAGUGGGGAGAUCCCAGCAAAUGCGAGGGUGCCGAGGGAUGCCAGUUUUGCCACACCAGAACAGAACAGCAGUUCCACCCGGAGAUUUAUAAGUCCACAAAGUGUAACGACAUGCAGCAGUGCGGCAGCUGUCCCAGAGGCCCUUUUUGUGCUUUUGCACAUGUCGAAAAGCCAGUGGCCCUCGAGGAACCAUCAUUUCCCUCUCCCAGCUCCCCACCACCCCCACGACCUCCAGAUUCUGGCUCUGCAGAGGAGGCGGCAGCGGACACAGGUGUACACAACAUGGGGCUUGGUCAUGUGGCUGAACCCUUCUCGCCGUCUGCUGGGUCACUUGGAGCUGAGCAAGGACUGCUGGGUAGCGUGCUAACUCUGUGUGAGGCCAUGAGAGAAGGUGCAGAGCCUUUGUCUCCCUGGGCAGGAGAAGGAGGCUACGGCAGGGCACCUGGAUUUGAGAGGGAGGAUCAGGCCAAGCAUAGAAGUUUUGCUCUUGAGCAGCGUAGCAGAGAGAUGACAUUAGCACAAAGCAAACAGGAUCUGUUGGUUUUUCUGCCUGUGGGCAGCCCUUUAAGUAUAUCCUCCAGCAUCCCCUCCAGUUUGGCUGCCACCCCGCCCAGCCCUGCACCUCUGGGACCACCGGGAACCAGCAUUGCAUCAGGGAUGAAUGCCAACGCCUUGCCCUUCUACCCCACCAGUGAGACAGUGGAGUCAGUGGUUGAGUCAGCACUGGAUGAUCUUGACCUGAACGAUUUUGGAGUGUCGGCGUUGGAGAGAGGUUUGGAUAGUAGCUCCACGCUGCCUAGUGUGGGCGUCAUGCUAGGAGGUAGCCCGCUUCAAAGCUCUGCCCCAGUCAACAUCCCAGGAUCCUUUAGCACGUCUGCUCCUUUUAGCUCUCCUUCCCCCUCCCCGCCAAUCAGACCCCACACCUCCCCGUUCUUCUCUACUCAGCUGUCACAACCGGGCCAGCAAGAGACCUCCUUCCUGGGACCAUCUCACAGCUCCUUAGGUCUUAAUGGUAUGAGUAGUAACAUCUGGGAGCACUUCCCAUCAGGCCAAGGGUCCCCCGGCACUCCUCCUACCCUGCUACCCUCUGGUCCCUGUGCAGAGACCACCAGGCUCAAGCAGGAGCUGGAGGAGUCUCACAGAGCGCUGAAGCAGUGGGGUCACAGCUGGAGACACACAGCUCAGACGUGGGCCACACUGAAAGCAGACGCAGAGGAGGCGCGCGCCCAUGCAGCGCGGCUGGCCAUGGAGGCGGAGAGAACCAGGCAGGCGGAGGAGGAGGCACAGAGACAAGCCGCUCUCCUGGACGAGGCGCUAGAGACCCUAAAGAGUGGAGAAAACCCCCAUCUAGCCGUACACCAGCUCCAGCUGUUACACAGACUGCCUUUAGAGUCAGUGCUCAGUCUGCAGGCACAGCUGUGCAGCUGCCUGCACGCUGUGGAGCAGGUGGCGUACAAAAAACAGAGGCAAUGUUGCUUAUCGUGUGGGGAGCAGGGCUCCGUCUCCUUGCCGUGUGGACAUGGACUACAGUGCCAAAACUGCUCCAGCUCCGUGGAGUGCCCUCUCUGUCCCGACCAAGUACUGGAGCAACAGCAGCAGCUCUCCUGACCUCUCAGACCACCACAGACCAUCGCAGAGUCCUCACCUCACCUGAUUCCACAAACACCAGCCAUGGCUCUCUGCAACCAUUCCAAACCAUUCGACUCUGCGUGACAUCACGCGUGGUUCCUGGCAAUUUGAGUGAUUAACAAGCUCUUAGUGUGGGAACAAGGAUGAAUUAUAAAUCCAGUAUUGACAAUGGGACAUAUAUACAUUUGAUUAGUUAUUGACCAGCAACACUGUUCUUUUCCACUUACUCUCAUCUCAACCAGUACUUCUUUAACAGAAACCAUGGACCACAUUUACAAGGAAGUGUGACGACUUUAUUAGGUACACUUGUGCACUAUCAUGCCCACAAUCCACAACGGCUCACCUUAUAUAAAAUAACAAUUCAUAACACGUCCGUAUUACAUUGUAGUAGUCGAGAGUACUUAUCAAGUGGCAGUCUGUCCAUCAGGAUAGUCUAUCAUUUCAGCAAACAAGAAAUUGCCAUUUAAUUUAGGGGUUUUGCUCUACUUUUUAUAAAUUUGUGUGUCAUCAUUUCUGGCAAAAUGUAAUUUUAGAAUCAUGACCAAACAGUGUAAAUGGAUGUAUGAUUAAGAAACAUAUUUAUUGUUUAACAUAAUCAUGAGUUUUAGUAGUCUUCAGGUAUGGUGUAACACACUUUAAAGGGCAUAUUUAGUUCUAUCCUGUUAUUAAUUGUAUAUUACUAUAACCAAAGGGGGCCAACAUUUGAGGUAGCGCUCAUCUAGGGCGAUAUUGAGUUUUGUUUUUUAGCAAAAAUGCAACUGUAUUGUAAGAUUUAGAAUUAACUCUACAACAUGCAGCCUCUAAAAGCACUCAGGUAGAAACAUGAAGAGGAAUGCAUAUGAACACAAUCAAGGUAAAUAUACUCAGUCGACUUGGUGUAGUAGUCUUUUAAAUGAGCCUUUUUAAAAUUGUAACUAUAGCAAUUGUACACAAUUUUCUUCAUACCUGCCAUCUUUGUUUAGAACCAUGUGACAGCUUUCUCAGACAUUUCAUUGUAGUCUUAUCCACGUCAUACUCGAUUGCACUGGUUAGACAAAACCAAGUGGAUUGGAAAGAGGUUAUGAUGUCUUCGCAGGCACAACUCAUCCUACACCACUGUUUCCAAAUUAGUUGGUUUAGUUUGGUUUUUUUGGUACAGAUCAUUAAAGCAAAUUGUAUAUUUUUGGAAGAAAAAGUGUGAUUGUGUUCAUGUUAUGGUUGACUUCCCUCCUUGGAUUGUUUCUCUCGUUGUCGCCGUUUCUUCACAAAAGCUUGUGUUUCACGUUCACUUUUCCUGGACUCCAGUAACCUCAGGAUGUUGUCUUCUGGGCAAGGCACACACACAAGUUUACAACACAAAUAGAUGCACUAUAAUACAUUAGUUCUUCUUACAAAGCCUGAAAAGUAAAACAAUUGUUAAAGUAACAAACAAUGCAAAGUGGGCAUGUAUGCUCACAAAAUACAUACAUAAGUAUUUACAGUAUAGUAUUUAUGUAGUAUGUGACCUAUCAUGGUUCUAGUGUCAUUCUAAAUGAAUAGGUUUCGCACAGUUGGGUAAAUGAUUAAAUAAUUGAUGUUUUAGGGACCAUGUUAAUAUUUUGAUAUAGUAUUAAUAUUCAUUCAAUUCAACAAGUAAAUGAUGUAUUAUUUGAUGCUGGACUCUACCACAUGAUACACAAUUUUUCUCAGUGAAAUCCACAAUUGUUAACUAACAACAUGCAAUUGUGCCGAAUAUAAUGUGUACUUUUGGGGUGAUAUUUUCUUACCGUCAAGCUGUUCCGAGCAAA